UGGUGGGCUGUUUGUCUGCGUGAAGCUGGCAUGGCCUCCCAUUCCCCUGCAUCUGUUCCCCAUUAGCAGAGCAGAGAGUAUAAAGCAGGGAGCUGACAAGGGCUGGGAACACUCGAGUUCUUGCCUGGAUCAUGGGGUUUACUAUCUGGCUGUGCGUGCUCUGCCUGCAGGCAAGCCUGCUGUCACAUGCUCUUGACUGCUCAGGAGCAACACAGGGAGAGCUUUGUGUCAGCGGACAGACCGCAGACGGACAGUAUGAUGAUCAGAAGCAGCAGAGGGCGCUACCCCUAACUGAUGCACAGGUUUCGUUCAGACGUAAGAGACAGUUGGAGCGGAGGGGUCCCACCCACAUGAGCCACUCCAGCCUGCCUGGGGCCGUCUCUGUCAAAGGCUUCCCUAAUACUCUCAUCCAGCAGACUGAUAGGUCCAGGCGACACUUGAUUCAAGCUGCGAAGAAAAAGCCUAAAUCCCGCGUGGGCUCCUACUCCCUCCUUCUCAACGACAAGAAAUCCAACCCCCUACAGGUGGUCCGAGCGAGGAGGCAGGUGAAGAUCGAGCCACCCAAAAGGGGGAAGACAGGUCGCUCUGGGGCUUUCUCUGUCCUGGGAGAUCCACUGAAUGAUGGACAGAACGACAGACCCAAAAGAAGCAUACGGAAGAUGAGUGCUGCAGAAUAAAAUUUUCUUUCAGCAAAAAUUUGGCAAAGCCUAACAAAGGGUGCGCACAGUACAGAUGUGUCCACAUUACCCAAAUAAAACACGUAAACAAACUGUAGAUUGGUGUGACAAUCUGACAUUUGAAA